AGGUGAGAUCUAAAGAGUGAAGGCAGCAAAAGAGUUCAAAAUGUCAACAACAUAUGAACAAACAACAGUCACGCAAUCAUCAUCAUCUGGUGUUGCUAGUAGUAUUAGACCAGAUGUUCUCUAUGUUAAAUCUAUACCUGGUAUCCUUAAAAUAGUAGAAAUGAUACUAUGUCUUAUAGUUUUGAUAUGUGCAUCUGUUGGUAUGUGGUGGUUAGGUGGUGGAGGAGGCUGGGUACAAUUUGUAGCAGCGUUGGCAUUUGUUGUUACAAUUAUAUUAUUUAUUUUUCAUUUUAUGCAUAUUAUUGAAAAAUUACCUGGUCCCUGGGUGCUUAUUGAAUUCAUCUUUUACAUUGUUAUCACCAUCAUGUGGUUGAUUGCUGCUAUUGUUGCUGCUGCUAGAAUAGGAGGACAUGGAUCUGUUAUUGCUACAGCUUUCUUUGCUUUUGCUGCCACAGCUGUGUAUGCGGUAGAUACUUUCUUUAUGUUUCGUGGAUGGAAGGGUGGUGUAACUACAACAACAUCAUCAUCAACUGCUGGUGGUACAACAACUACAACAACCACUCAAUAUGAAACUAGAACCCAAUAUUAGAACAUUUGGUAUGAUAGAUAUCAGCUCUGUGCCUCAUUAUAUAUCUGCCAACUACAAUUCUAUUUUUCUUCAUUUGUUUCAUUUGUUACAAAUUAAUUUAAUUAAAGUCUAACUUCUUAAACUGCUACUUGAUGAUGUUUUAAUUCCUGAAAUAAUGUUGUCAUUUUUGAAAAUCUGUAAUCAUAAAUCAAUUUAUCAUUAUCAAUAAGAAACUUUAGAGGAAAACAUGCAAAUUAAUGAAACUUCUUUGAUUGACCUACUUGGAGUUUAUGAUAUAUCUUGGCGUUAGACUGACUGUUUUAUCUAUAAUGAUGAUGUACUCUGUAGUUAAUAAAGUUAAUAAUUUUAGAAGUAGAAGAACUAUGUAUUGUAGUAAUGAUGAUAAAUUAGGGUAGUUAUCAUAGUUAGACAAUAUACUCUCUGAUCUCCAAUUGAUGUUACUAUUUCUAAGUCUUCAAAAUAUUUGGACUGUUUGUUAGAUAUUGCAGGAUUAUGUUGGUCAGUUUCAUCCAUUGCCAAACUUCAUUAAUUUUUAAUCUUUGUAUUUAACUUUUUUAAUAUGCUGGGUGUUUUAAUGUUGUUUUGAUAAAGGGACAUAACCUUGUGUAGCUUCAAGCUGGGUUGUUUUAUUUUUCUUUGUUGAUGUUUUUUAUUUUACCACUCAAUAUAAUUUUCUGAAAUGUUGAAUAGCUUGAAACACAGGGUUGAAGUAGGCUGAAAUUAACUUUGAUUAAAAGGAAAAUUGCAUAUGAUGUUCAAAACCAUGUGACAAUGCUUAGAUUGGGCCUAUAGGCCUACGGUACAGAAUUUGUGAAAAAGAUCAGUUUGAAAUCUUGCCAAUCAACCAUAGUGAUUUAGUAUUUUAAAGGAUACUACCUCUUGGACAUGGACAUAAAAUGUAAAGUGUCAAAUUUGAUCAACAAUCAGUUGGACUAGUCAAGUGCCACGACUAAAGAAUAAAAUAUCUAUACAAGACGAUGUUUUAUCCAUUAAUCAAAAUUAUUAUAGAAACACGAUUUUAUGUAUGUUUCAAAAUUGCUUAAUUUAAUGGAUUAUUACAUAGUUUCAUGGAUUUAUUGGAUUAUAAAGAGAUUCUGUUUAAUUAUGACAGGAGGUAAGUCCACUGAUGAACAAAGCCACUUUUUGGCCAGAUUUAACAAUUUCAAUUAUUUGGUCAUCCUUAAAGAUGGUAUGCCUUUAAUACAUGUAACUAAUGUUAUUUUAUAAUUGAUAGUUUUUAUAUCUUAGGGUCUGGUUGAAGUUUUUGUUUUUUUUUACGUGAUACUAUCUACAUACCUCUCUUAUGUUGAUAUAUUAACAUAUUAUUCCACUUUAUAAAUAGCAAUUACUUCAUAUCAAUAUAGAUAUACAUAUAUAUAUUCUUGUUCUAUUCAUAUCUGUAAAAUAAUUUAAUGCAAUUGGGCAUACAGUAGAAAUAAAAUGCUUAAGUUAUCUAUUUUUUUUAGUAGUCCAGUAUAAAGUGCCUUUAACGCUCUUCCUCUGAAUUAUACUCUGUGGAGAUGAGUGAAAUUGCACAAAUGUUUUGGUUUAUUAAUUAACAACACACUUUAUAAUUUCCUUUAUACUUGGAUGUAGAUCUCUUCUACUUUUGUUUUUUGUAACACUAGUUUUUUUAAAUUCUUAGAGCUUAUUAAUUUUAUUGCCCAGCAUUGAUCUGAUAUCUGAUUUUUGUUCAUUGCGUACAUUUUCUAUUUGUUUAUAUAUAUUCUACAUAAUCAAUGUUAUGUUUUAUUAUACUGUAAUAAAUACUAUUCCUAGAUAUAGAG